AGCCAGCAGCGAACCAUACGGGGACAAAUAUACGCGUUUGAGACACUCCUCACGCGCCAGACAGGACGCUGGACUGUGCGGGUGCCUUGUCGCCUACAAGAGGCCUCCACGUCCACUUCUAUCCCUUGCGGCCCACAUCUCCGAGGACUAAACUGCAACCAUGUCGAAACUGACAUUCGCCUUGAUCGGGGCAGGCGGUGCUGCUGCUGGAGCUGCAGUAACAGCAGCGCUGUACUCGACCAGGAGAGACAACUUCCCGCAUACACCAGCUGUCACGACAACCACCACCACAACUGUGACUGGAUCCACACGAGCAGGCUCAAUUCCCUCAGUCCCAACGGGUCUCGCGGUUCACGCGCCUGCGGUUGCUGCCGCUGCUCGCAGAGCGGUUGUAGACCCCAGCGGUCUCUUCCAAUAUGGCUUUCCCGGCCCGGUCAAUGACCUCCGCCCUGCUGCCUCUCUCACAUCGUCGUACGACCGACGGACGCGAAACCCGGCAUGGGUAGCGGAGCACAUAACCCCAGAGUCGCUAGCAAACAACAAUGCGGAUCGAAAGCACAGCGUCUUUGUCGAGGAUGUCUCAAUCCCUGAGAUGUUCCGCGCAAAGCUCAAGGACUACCUCCGCAGCGGCUAUGACCGAGGCCACCAAGUCCCCGCAGCAGACGCAAAAUGGAGCCAAGAAGCCAUGGACGACACCUUUGCGCUGAGCAACAUGUGCCCGCAGGUGGGCAAUGGCUUCAACCGCGAUUACUGGGCCCACUUCGAAGAUUUCUGCCGUAGACUCACACAGAACUAUCCCUCUGUGCGCAUCGUAACCGGUCCCUUGUACCUUCCAAAGCGCGACGAGGACGGCAAGUGGCGUGUCUCAUACGAAGUCAUUGGCUCACCGCCCAACGUUGCCGUCCCUACUCAUUUCUACAAAGUCAUUUUUGCCGAAGAAGGCAAGCUGGGCGGCAAAGUCGCACUGGGAGCGUUUGUGCUGCCCAAUGCAGUCAUCUCCAACAGCAAGCCCUUGUCUGACUUUGAAGUGCCCAUUGAGGCGGUGGAGAGGGCAAGUGGCUUGGAGUUUGCAACGAAGCUGAGCCCCGACAGGCGGAAGAAGUUAUGCCAAGAGGUCAACUGUGGUCUCAUUGUUAAGGAAUAUGCACAGAGACAGAAGUCGUUUGGCAAGCAAUAAUUGAAAGUCCGAGUUUGGUAUUCAACCACAUGUCUUAUCUUCAUAUACAGCUCGUGUUGCUAGUCGUACAUUGUAUAGUACAUUUUCAUAUCGAUACGUCAACCUACUCGUACAGAUGG